AUGGUUGCGGUAUUUUUGUAUGUAAUUGCACAUCACCAUAAGAAUAGAGUUGUAGGGUUUAUGUUCAAGCGAUCUGGAGAAACCAUUAGCAUAUAUGUAAACACGGUAUUGAAAGGAGUUAUUAGACUUCAAGGGGAGUUGCUUAAACAACCAGUUGCAGUGGCUACAAGUUCUGUUGAUGAGAGAUGGAAUUGCUUCAAGGUUAUAUAUGUGUAUCCUGGCUGGGAAGGUUCAGCUGCCGAUUCUCGUGUUCCUAGAGAAGCAAUAUACAAAAAGAAUGGCUUAGAAGUUCCACAAGGUUACUAUUACCUUGUCGAUGCCGGUUAUCCGAAUAGUGGAGGAUUUCUUGUGCCUUUUAGAGGUCAACGUUAUCAUUUAAAGGAAUGGGGGCAAGGUCGUUUAGAACCAAGGACAGCUGAAGAACUAUUCAAUAUGAAACAUUGUAGGGCUAGGAAUGUGAUUGAACGCGUUUUUGGAUUGUUGAAAAUGAGAUGGGCAAUACUUCGGAGUCCUUCAUGGUAUCCAGUAAACAUACAUUGUCGUUUUAUCAUGGCUUGUUGUUUAAUCCAUAACCUUAUUAGGAAAGAAAUGCCUAUGGAUGAAUUUCUAGAGGAAGACAAUUAUGAAGAUGGAACAGUUAAUUUAGUUUCUCCUCAAGAAAGUCGAAUGAUAGAAUUUGUUGAUUCCUCAGAUUAUUGGGCUGUUCAGAGGAAAGAGUUAGCUGAUCAAAUGAAAGUAAUGGCACCUCAUCGGAGUUGGGUAGAAGCUAAAGAUAACGUAUUGGUUGAUAUAUUGACGGAACUUACGCUCGAUGGCAAGUGGAAAAGUGAUACCGGAUUUAAAUCGGGCUACUUGAAAGUUAUUGAGCAGAAACUAACUGAGAAACUACCAACUUGUGGGUUAACUACUACCAACAUCGAUUCUAGAAUCAAGACUUUGAAGAAACAUGCGAUGGCCAUCAAUGAAAUGAUGUUCUCAUACAAAUGCAAAGGGACUGUAUGGGAAAGUAUCCCUCAUUUAGAUGCAUUAGUUGAGAUAUUUGCUAAAGAUAGGGCAAAUGGUAAAGGGGCUGCUUCACUUGCUGAAGAGCUAGAAGAGAUCGAGAAAGAAGGCAAACAAGAAAAGGAAGAAGAAAAUGAUCAACAACAAAGUAAUCAGUCCGAGUCAAACAGUGGUAAAGGUAGAAGGAAAAGGGUACGUUCAUCAUCCUUUGACAUUGUAUCCGGUGAAUCAAGUGGAGAUUCAAAUGGCCUUAGUUUGAUGGCUAAUUCGUUUAGCAAAUUUGUGACGGGUACACUUGAUCACUUUGAAGCGGUUCGUGUGUCCCUUACUCAAGAAGCCGAUGUCAAUAAACGCUUGUUUGAGGAGUUGAAUAAGAUAGAUGGCCUCACUGAAGAUGAGGUGAUAGAUGCCGCAUCUAUUAUUCUCGAUUCAUCUACAAAAACAAAGGUUUUCUUCGGCAUGGGGGAAGAAAAACGAUCCAACUAUGUGAAGAACAAGAUUCUUAAAUAA